UUUAUAUCACUGUCAGUUCACUUGUGAUCCUUCGGCGGUCGUUGACUCAGUCGGACUUGAUCUAGUAGGAGACCAGAACGACAUAAAUACGAGCUGUUUGGAUAAAAUUCACGGAUCAUGCUAAAAUACCCUAAAAUAAAGAACAAGUAAACAUCCCAGGAUGAACAGGGUACGAAGGGGCCCCCCUAACAAUAGGGAACUUCAGCGAUUACAUCAGGUAGUCGAAGACCAGGAAGCGACAAAGGUCGUGCUACUGAAAGGGAUUGCCAAAUUGGGAAGCAAAAAAGAAGAGUUAGAGAAGAUUAUAAAACAAUUUGUUCACACCAGUGAGUGUCAUGGUGUUGAAGACACAGAGAGCGUAUCUCACACAUCUGACUUGACAGGCAAAUGCAACACAGGACCCCCAGCUGUUGGAGUGGUGGAAAGUGCAGUGCCUACGCCUAUCCAGACAAAUCCUCCUCGCGCCUCUCAGAGCGGGAAGCGUCCGCACCAGCCGAAGAACUACCUCAAAAUUCAACCGAAACGUGAGGACAGAGUUAAUGGACAGGUGGUUCUUGCCGGGACGCUCUCAUUUCCGGUUCUACAACAAUCAACUUCCGGUUUCUUCUGCGAAACUUCGUCGUCAGGAGUUGGGGGAAUUUGCGCCAUUUCUGAAAACAAUUCCCGCGUCGCUUGUGCGGUGGAGCAGAAAUCAGCGCCUCCUUUGAACUGUAAAGUUGAUUCUUUAGAGACCAAUCCAUGUUUUGGCGGAAGUCGUUCCCACAACCACACUGUACCGUGCACCACAAAUCCGAGCUCUUCCCGUCAACAUGUGAGCACCAAUAUCCCUUUUUCAUCUUCAUUCACGUCAGAAAAAGCAAACGAUGACAAUGUUGUUUUGUCGAAAAGCCACAAGGUCUCUUGCUUCCAAGUUUCAGAUACCGCCUUCGCAGAGAAAACUAGCUCGUCCCACGUGACCGAAGUUGCAGCGGUGUCUCCCAACGAUGACCGGCUAAACAACACUCAAGCGCCCAUGUGUACUUCGGUCUCAUCACACACACAAUUACCUCAAAGUCCACUGAUGUCUAUUUCUGACUUCCUAGACUGGAUAGAUGGCGUGUCGAACACACUCGUGCCCUCCGUUGCUAUGGCCACACCCUCCACCCAGUCAAAUAGUCACCAGUCUCUGGGUAUGUCUCAUGGUGUUCCUUCGGUCUCAACUGUCGAUCCAAUCAACUCUGUGUCAACGGUUCCUGUGACCCAGUCGUAUACCUUAAGUGGUAUGGGGAGUCUUUCCAUUUCCCGACUACAAACAGAGCGGCAGAAUCAUGGCGCAUAUCUCCAGCCCCCAGGGUCAUCUUUCCAAAAAGAAUCGCUGCAACAAGAAGGCUGCCAGCAAAUGAGAUGCCAUCAACUGUUGCAUAAUCCGCAGGACCCUCAGCCUCAGAGCAACCAGCGAGAGAUCAGACAACGUUCACAAACUGCAGGCUGCUACGAAACUCUAUCCUGUAUGGGGGACUUCACACCACAAGGCCAUCCGAAUCUGCAUUCGCAACAGCAACAAAACCUGCAACAGCAACAACAACAACUACAACAACAGGAACAGCAACAACAACAACAACAACAACAACAACAACAAGAAGAAGAGCAACAGCAACACUAUCAGCAACAGCAAGCACAGGCGUAUGCAGCUGGGCUCGAGCACCUCAAACAAUGGAAGGGAGGACAACAGUCAAGCUUUUUGCUUCCCCAACCACCUCGUCAGCAGGUUAGUUCUGACUGUUUGCCCGUGAUCUCAAUGCAACAUCGUUCUACUGACGCUCCCUAUGUUCAGUCGACAGGACCUCAGGAAGACGGCAUCAAGGACACUGAAAGUUUAAUGAUCAGGAACAUCACAGAAUGGCUUCUCUCAAAAACAAAUGACCAGCCGUGUCCUGGUUCAUACUCAUUCGGCCUGUCUCCCGACGAAGUUUUGGAAACCCUUCUGUCAACAGAAAAUUUGUCUCAAGAAAGUAAUCGAAAUACAGGCAAAGAUCGCCAAAACAAAAACCAAUUCAAUCAAACAAAUCCUCGGUGGGAAUAUUCUAAAGACGGAGACGGCACAGUUGGGCAUGCAAGUAUGACAGGCACGUCCUCGUCGUUGGACCAUCUUCUGACUCGAAAAAGGUUGCGAAAAGAUAACAAUAAUUCUCAACAAGAACUCGAUUGGGACGUCCAGGGUUUCAGCAAGCCCACAAUGGGAGGACAGGAUAUGACGUAUGAAAUCCCCCCGAGCACACCCCCAAAUCAAGGCACAGACAAUUCGGUGACGGGAAAUGCUCCGCGGAAAAAUCUUCCCGCUCAGCCUUCAGGCAGGAUGAAGCCCGACAUUAUACUGUUCUGUCCAGACGACUCGGGUCAAACAACCGAGAACGAAACUGGGGUUGGAAGACCCCUCGUCUCCAUAAACUCCGAGUGCUUUGAGCCGCAGAAUUUGUUGUCAAUUGAGCUUAGCUCGAUGGAGGAAUUUUCCGAAGACUAAGACUCUCUCUCUCUCUCUCUCUCUCUCU